AGGCUUCAGAGGAAAGACGAGUCUGACCCGAGGCAGUGCAACCACCUGAGGUCUCCCCUGAGAACAAAGCAGGAAGGAGGUGGGGCUUCUGAAGAGGCAGCCUGGGAGGUCACUGUCACACUGGGGCUUUCCCAAACCAAGGCUGGAGAGAGGAAUGGAGCCCUGGCGCCCCAGCCCAAGAAACCCAAUGGACAGGAUAGAUCCUAAGACCUUCCAUUUCCAGUUUCCAAACCUGCGCUACGCUUCUGGGCGGAGACUCUGUUAUCUCUGCUUCCAAGUGGAGAGAGACUACUUCUAUUAUAAUGACAGCGACUGGGGAGUUUUUCGGAACAAGGUCCAUCCCUGGGCUCCAUGCCAUGCAGAACAGUGCUUCCUCUCUUGGUUCCGUGACCAGUAUCCGUACCGUGAUGAGGAUUACAAUGUCACCUGGUUCUUAUCCUGGAGCCCCUGCCCCACCUGUGCAGAGGAGGUGGUCGAGUUCCUGGAGGAGUACAGGAACUUGACGCUGAGCAUCUUCACCUCCCGCCUCUACUACUUCUGGCACCCAAAUUACCAGGAGGGGCUUUGCAAGCUAUGGGACGCAGGGGUCCAGCUGGACAUCAUGUCCUGUGAUGAGUUUGAAUACUGUUGGGACAACUUUGUGUACCACAAGGGAAAGCGCUUCCAGAGACGGAAUCUGUUAAAAGAUUAUGAUUUCCUGGCUGCAAAGCUUCAAGAAAUCCUUAGUCCCGGCCAACAAAGAAAAAGAGACUGGCCCUUCCCUCCCCGCCCAGGGGCCCAAGUAGACCCAAGGAGUUGGGUUCAGGAGGUGACAGAGCCUGGGAUAAACACCAGAAGACACCCUCUGCACCUUUUGGUUUCCUUCCUCUUGCCCAGACCCACAAUGAAUCCACUACAAGAAGACAUAUUCUACCGUCAGUUUGGCAACCAGCACCGGGUCCCAAAGCCCUACUACUACCGGAGGAAAACCUACUUGUGCUACCAGCUGAAGCUGCCCGAAGGCACCCUAAUUGACAAAGACUGCCUUCGAAACAAGAAAAAGCGCCAUGCAGAAAUAUGCUUUAUUGACAAGAUCAAGUCACUGACGCGGGACACAUCCCAGAGAUUCGAAAUCAUCUGCUAUAUCACAUGGAGCCCCUGCCCCUUCUGUGCUGAGGAACUGGUUGCGUUUGUCAAAGACAACCCCCACCUCAGCCUGCGGAUCUUUGCCUCCCGCCUGUACGUCCACUGGCGCUGGAAGUAUCAGCAGGGGCUGAGACACCUGCACGCAUCCGGGAUCCCAGUGGCUGUCAUGAGCCUCCCAGAGUUUGAGGACUGCUGGAGGAAUUUUGUGGACCACCAGGACAGGUUGUUCCAGCCCUGGCGCAACCUGGACCAAUACAGUGAAAGCAUAAAACGUAGGCUUGGGAAGAUCCUGACGCCCCUGAAUGAUUUAAGGAAUGAUUUCAGAAAUUUGAAACUUGAAUGACCAUCAGCCCUCCCCCCACCACCCACCCUGUUCCUGCAGCAUCUCAAUGCUUCAUAAACUGCUGACUCUUAGGAGCAAGUCGUGACCUCCAUGUGCACCCCGGACCCUCCUCCCCGAGUCCAGGAAGCCUUUCUUUUCCCCUUCAUUCUUCUGUUUUCUUUUAUAAGUGGGUAUAUAUUUUUGUAAUUGAAAAAAUAAAGAUGAUUUUCAAGUCUGUAAAACUUGGGUUACUUUCUGAAAGGGAAGUCAGGGCUUUCCUUCGUAAAAAAAUGAGCUUAAAGGAUUUU